GUAAUUAAGCAGUGGUUGCGCAGGCCAGCCAUGUUUGUUAUGGUCAGACUUGUUGUGAGGAAAGUGGCGACUGCGCAAAAUCAUGUGUUUUUAAAACUACAGUAUAUGCUUCUAUUGAUGGUUGACGUGUACACCAGUGCUGGUCAGGUGGCGAAGUCCCUGUUGACUCUAAGUUGUACAGAAUUCAUCAAAAGCUUGUAUUUGUAUAUCAUUAUAGUAUAGGUGAAGGGUAAAUCCAGAGUAAAAUGCGAAGUAGCCCUAAUUUGGGAUUCAUUGAUGGAUCAGCAAGUAGAGUCAUCUACCCUCCUACCAAGAUAUCAUGGUGCUGAUCAGGCUGGAAAGGACGCUUUCUCAUACUUGUGAUAGCCUCGCUAGGAUUGCCAUUUAUAGAACAGCAAAACAAAGUGAAAAAAUACUCAAAUUGAUUAAUUACAUUUGAAGAAGGCUUGAGGAAAGAAUGAAAAGUCAGAUUUAAGUUUUGUUAUACAGUAACUUAUCUAUACUGUACUGAUAAAAUGUCUGUGCGCGAAGGAACUCGUCGAAAGAAGAUAUCAGUCCUUCACAUGUUGGGAACAUGGGAGGGAAAGAUUGACGGUUGUAAUUGUCCCUCAUGUAAAGAAUGUGAUGCUGGAGAAAGGACAUUGGCAUUAACCUCCAAGAGUCCCCCAAAAGUAUUAACCAAGUCUUCAAAAGGGCCCAAGCCUGUUGCUAAAAAAGUUAGCAUUAAAGUUAAAACUACAAAAGUAAAAGUUGAUAAUAGCAAAGAAGAAUGUGUGUCUUUGAAGAAGGGGUCUCCCAAAAAAAAUUAUUUGCCAAGAAGUGGUACACUAAAGAAUACAAAACAUGAACAUCCUUCAUCCAAAACUGCAGAAAACAAUAGUGGGUGUGAAAAUGUUGACAAUUCUAGUGAUGGAGACUUUGAGGAUAUGAAAAAAAUUAUGAUUCAAAGUGAUGUUAGCAGAAUUAGAAAUACAUCAGAUUGCAAUAGCAUUGAAAUGGGAAAAAAACCAGUUUGUGAUACAACAGUACAUGCAAAGGAAAUGAUGGUUGAAAGUGCAAGAGAAGUUGAAGAGAAAGAGAUUGCAGUGAAGUCUGAAAUUGGAGAGAAGGUUGAGUGUAAUGUGAAGGCAGAUAGUGGUAGUGAUGCCAAAACUUCUUUAAUUAAACGGAAUUUUAAGAAUUUUUUGGAAGAUGAUCCUAUGUAUAAACAGCAGUGUAAAGAGGAAAUAGCAUUUGUUGAUUCUUUUAAGAUAAAACAAGAACCUGAAGAGUAUUUUUCUGAUCAAGAGGAAGUAGAGAAAACAGGACGAGAAAAAAAGCUUUUGGAUGUUGUGAAAGUAGAGUCUCGAGUAAGUAAGAGAGCAAGAAUGGUUACAUCAGAGAUGGAGAACAUAUAUGCCAAACCACGUAUGAUUUUCACAGGCAGAGGUGUAGUGAGGAAAUUUGAACCUGGAAUGGAUAGAGCCCCAAAAUCUAGAAGAGGUAGGAAACCUACUAAACCCAUUGUACCUGUAAAAGUGAAGCAAGAGCCCAAGGAUGUGGAAGAGCAUGAUGAGGAUGAAGAUGUGAGUGAGUUAGAUCAGCUUCAAAGAGCUUUAUCAGAAGCAGCAGAGAGCAUAAGUGAUGUUGGAGAAGAACUCCUAGAUGCCCUUCAUGAAUUUGGUGAAGAUCCAAAAAAAUCUAAACAGAAAAAGAAAACAAAUACCCUAUUUAAACGAGUUGACAGCGAUGGAGACAAAUAUGUAGAGUGUGUCAUGUGCUUCAAGAUGCUCAAAGAAUCGUCAAUGAAGCAGCACUAUAAAACACACACUGGAGAGAAGCCUCACACAUGUGAUGAAUGUGAAGCAAGAUUUACAAGGAAGGGUGAUGUUGAAAGGCACAAGAGAUUAGUCCACAAAAAUCAAAAACCUUUUAAAUGCCAAAAAUGUACCAGGGACUUUUCAGAUAGAAAAAAUCUUAAGGCCCAUUUGCAAAAUCAUGAUCGAGCUAUAUAUUAUGCUUGUGAUACAUGUGGGUUCAAGUUUGGCAAGAGAGAGUAUUAUGAAAAUCACAUCCGUUAUAUUCAUCCUCUUGCUGAUGGAAGCGUGCCUGUCUUCCCAGAUGUGGAUGAUGAUCUGGCUACAAAGCAGCUCAAGCAAUUAGAAAUGGAAGAGCAGAAAGAAAAAAAUGCAAAGGAAGAUAGUAGUAGCAAAGAUGGGGACGUGGGUUCACAGGAUGAUGAUGAUGAGGAGGAGGAUGAUGGAGAAGAAGAUAAAGCUAUGGAAAUUACUGUUACUGAGAAUGAAGAUCAAAAUGUUAUUGUAAAGAGAGAACUAAUGGUUAAGAAAGAAGAAGCAGUAGAUUAUGAUGAUGAUGAUGAUCUCUUAGAUGAUAUGAGCAUCGAGAAUCAGGAAGGAGAGUUAGAAGAGCAAUAUACAUCUGAAGUAUCAGUGAAAAGUAAUGAAAGAUCUUUGAAUUCUAUCAACUUGCUAAAGACUCAAGUAGGAACUGAUGUUCGGGUGUCAAAAGGAACAUUAAGUUUUACACAGACUGUUCCUGAUACAGAUUCUCAAGAUGAGGAUCUAGUAAACAAAGUAAUUGCAGCUGCAGUGAGUCAGGCAACUAAUACAAUUGAAAGUCUUCAAACAAAGGCUGGUGCAAAUAUGUCUGGGAAUAAUGUUGAUGCAGGUGACGAUGAAGAUGAGGAUGAUGAAGAAAUUUUGGAUGAAGCAGAUGAUAUUCAUGAAAUUCUUGGUUCAAAUUAUGAUUUAUUACCUAUUGCACAAGUGCAGAAGCCAGCACAACCACCUUCAGAAAUUCACAUAAAUGCGUCUGUUAGUGGACAAAAACGAAAAUUUAUAAUUCAGAUUCCACCAGGAAGUAAUAUCAAUGUACAAACACCCGAGGGCAUGGAAAUGAUAGUAAACAUGGUGAAUCAGCUAUGCUCUGGUAAAGAACUGGAUGGUCCCAUUGAAGUGAUAAUGCAUAACCCCAACACUAGAACCAUUUCUCUCGACUAAUGGCUUAUUCAUGUAUCCGUACAGUACAGUAUUAAUAAUGUGAUGGUCAUAAUAUUUUCUUCCUUAUGAAGUAUGACAUUUGUUUAAACAUGUCAUUUGGUAUUUACUUUAGAAUUAUUUUUAACAUGAUCUUAGUAAUUGGUUUAGUUUAUAUAUAUUACAUGUACUAUAUUCAUUAGUCUAAAUUGCCUUAGUUCACAAUUUGCAAAUGUGUGUUUAUCCUGACACUUUCAAUAUGACGACAUUUAUUGUAAUUAUAGAAGGUACUAUAUCUUAGGUCAGUGUGUGGUUAUGUUUGUAACAGGAUUUGUUUAUGACCUGAAAAUUUUGCUCCUGUAAAUUCUGGAUAAAGUAAUCACAUGCUCUCUUAUAGUGGAAUAUCUUGUUACUUGGAGGCACUUUUGUAAAGGUGACAUUCAUAAUGACAUUUUAUUGACUUAAGGCCAGGAAUAAGUAAUUUAAUAUAAAUUAUGGAAAGGGAAUUUUGCAUAUAAUAAGUUAGUCUUUGACAAUGUAUAUAUUGUUGCUAACAAUAUUGUGGGGAAUCCAGUACAGUGGUACCUCGGUUUAUGAAUUUAAUCCGUUCCCAGAGAUGGGUCGUAACCCGAAAUUAAUUUUCCUAUAAGAAUUAAUGUAAAUUGAAUUAAUCCAUUCCACACUCCCAAAAAUAUUACCUUCAAAAUACAUUUCAUACAUAAUACACACAAAUAUUUUGUACUAAAUUUAGUACAAGUUAUAGCUUACCUUUAUUGAUGACUUUUGUUGGCGUAUAGGAGACGGUGAGGAGUGAGUGGAGGAGGAGGAGAGGUGUUUGGAAGGAGUCUCUUUUUUUCCAUUAUACCAUCAGGCAGUGAUGAUUUCUCUGGGGUGUACUAUCUUCUACAUUUUGCCUGCAUACCACUAGGACCUGGUUAUGGCUCACUGCUUGUUUGUCUCACCAAGAACCUUUCCAUAAAGAUUUGUUUUUCCCUACAUUUUAACACUUGUCUGUAGUGAGACAACACAUUGUCAUUAAUAAAGUCAAUGUAACGGCCUGCUACUGCUUUAUCUUGGCGAGUCUUUUCAGCAAAACGUUGCACUUCUUCCCAUACUUCACACAUUUUUUAGUGAGGAAGGGACAUCCUCUACUGCCUCUACUCUCAACUGUUUUCUUAGGUUGAACCAUACCACUGACUUUCUUGGGACCCAUGGCAUGAUGUAUAAUAAUUACUUUUAUCUUCAAAAAACAAAAAAGCACAAAAACAAUAAAAUUCUUUACAAAGAAUUCAAGCCCGAUCGUUACUAAGUGGGGUGGUCUUAUAAACUGAAGCGGGGGUCGUCUAUGCCACCAGGAACCACGUGCUGGGUCGACCCAUACGUGUAUCAACAAAGUCGUAAGUCAAGGUAAAUUUUCCGACAAAAUUGGGGUCGUAACCCGAAAAAUUCAUAAGUAGGGGCAUUUGUAAGUCGAGGUUCCACUGUAUUAGCACAAAUGUUAGAAACUUAGAAGGAAAUUUUGGAUUUCAGUUUUAAAGUCCAUCCAUCAGCUAAAUGUGGCAAACUUUUUAAUGUAUUGUUAUUAACAUUGACAAAAUAGAAUAUUGAGCCAUUAACUUUAUACCCAGAUCGUUAUUCCGUAUGUUGUGUGCGUGAUCCCCUUCUACUUUAAACGCAGAUCUUUGUUCUGUAUGUCAUGUCCCCCCACUAAUACAAACCCAGAUCUUGGUUCUGUAUGUCAUGUCCCCCCCACUACAAAUCCAGAUCUUGGCUCUGUAUGUCAUGUCUCCCCACUACUACAAACCCAGUUCUUGGUUUUGUAUGUCAUGUCUCGCCACUGUUUUAAACCCAGAUCUGGUUCUGUAUAUUGUAUCUCUGUUCUUCUACUUUUAUAAUAAAUUUUUUUUCAAAGA